AUUUGCAAUUUGACGAUCGCUACCUGUUUUGUGGGUUGAGAGUGCUUUUCUCUUUGCUUUCGACUUCAACGGUGCAUUACUGUUGAAUCAUGGCCGGUAUGCGACCACCUGGUGGUAUGGGGAUGGGGGGGUUUCCUCCAAGCUACUAUGGACAACAUCCAGCUGCAGGUGGUCAUUUCCGUCCUCCUGGGUAUCCACAAAUGCCGUCCUCGAAUCCAUCAUUUCAGAGUAUGACAAACCAUUGGAACAUAUCAGCGCCCCCUCAACACCCUGGCUAUCACCACCACCCACACACCGUCACAAGUCACAGCUACAUGAGCGGGGGAGUGUCUACCCCACCCAAUGUGGGGGGCCCACCAGCAGUGAUGGGUUACAUGCCCUCUGGCAUGUCAAAACAAAAGCACACUCCUCAAGCUUCAAAUGCUAGCAGCGGACAGUAUGGGCAACCUGGAGUGCAGCAGCCCAAGGCCCCUGAGAAGCCCCUCCUACCCUACAUGAGGUACAGUCGCAAGAUGUGGGAGCAGCUCAAGUCUGAGGGGCGGAGAGUGUGGGAGGUUGGUAAGAUCAUUGGUCAGAAGUGGCGUGAGCUCUCAGAGGAAGAGAAGCAACCUUUCAACGAUGAGUACGAGGCAGAUAAGGCCAGAUACAAUGAGCAGCUGAAGGUUUAUCGAAACUCGGUAGCCUAUAGACGAUGGCAAGAAGCAAAACAACAAGCUGAGACUGCAGCUCGUGAGGCGGCCAAUCGAGAAGCAGCUGGUCUGAGUGAAUACGGCCCCCCACCCCCUGCUGUGAUUGCCCCACCCAGACAGAACAGUGCUGAGGCUAGGCUGCAGAUGAUGCAGCAAGAAGAAGAUGAUGAAGAUGAGUACAUCACCAAGAAGCAGUUGGCAGCAAUACGUUUCCACAGAAACCAUCGUCUGAUGCUGGAGAUCUUCGGUGACACAAAAAUCCCCGACACACGUUCUGUUGUGACCAAUUCACGACUGGUGGUCCUACGCAAGCAGGUCAACUCCCUUCUCCUGCAUCAGAGGAAACUGGAGUCCGAGAUCAAGGGAUUUGAUGAUGUCUACAAGGCGAAGAAAAGAGCAUGCUUGGACAACUCUGAGAAGUUCAGAAGAGAGCUAAAGAGGCUUCACGAAACCCCACCCACAAGUUGGAAGAAACCAGCGCUGUCUCUAGCCUCAAAGGAUUUGCCAGAGCCAGUGUCAGAUCCAAAGUAUAAGACAUUGUGAAAGCAAGAACAUUCUCAAUCAUUAAUAUAACACUGUUGAGCUUCACUAGCAUCAAAGAUCACUUUUGAUUUUGUGAUGUCAUUGAGCUGUAAUUGCCAUGCGCAUUGAUUGGAUUACAA